AUGUCUUGCCGGUUUCUCCUGUCUCCAGACGUCCCCUCUAGCGAACAGAACAUUCGACACCUGCAGUCUUGUCGGAACAGCGGAGUUCUGACGGGAAGCGGCUGUGGGCGGGACCUCCGAUUUCGUAGCUGUACGUCCCCCCUAGCGAACAGAACGUACAACACCUGCAGCUUGACGUCUCCUCUAGCGAACAGAACGUACGACACCUGCAGCCUUGUCGGGAACAGCGGAGUUCUGACGGGGAGCGGCUGUGGACGGGAGAUUGACAAGGCUGACUUCGUCAUCAGGUUUAACCUACCUCCCGUGAUAGCCCAUUGGAGAGAGGACAUCGGAACAAAGACACAUCUCGUCACCACCAACGUACACACCAUCGUCAGCAAAUUUCACCACCUGCCCCACAACCUGGAGUGGGUACAAGCCUUCCGUAACUUCAUCCGGAACUGCAACCUCCAGAACACACACAUCUUCACCUUCCCCUUCAACGUCAGAGGGAACGGAGACUUCUUCUUAAAGUUCCAGGAAACUCUGAAGAGUAGAGGGAUCCCGAACAAGGUGUUAAUGAACCAUCCCCACCACAGGAGGCUCAUGUCCCGCUUCUGGGCGGAGGAAGGGCUGAACGAACCAACCCCAACGUCUGGUUUCUAUCUGGUGUCGGCAGCGCUGGCCUUCUGUCGUCACGUCCGUAUCUUCGGGUUCUGGCCGUUUCUGACGGACCGCCGCCAGAGGGCGCUGCAGUACCACUACACGCUGAACUACCUGCACCAGGACGGCGGGCUCAACAACUGGAACCACAGGAUAGACCGGGAGUUCUUCAAGUUGGUGGAGUUGUACAGGGACGGGGUUGUUGAACUAGUAACGGACACAUGCAGAUAA